AUGGAAUCCUCAGUCCUGAUGCGUCAGCUCCUCCGCACGCCGGCAUCAUGCCGCGCCUACCUAACCCAGUCGCGCGCCUUCUCGCUCGCACCCGCGCUGCCCCACGCCCGCUUCAUCUCGACACCCACGAUUCUGCGCCCCAGCUUCUGGGCAUCCAUGAUCCCCAAACCGCUGAAAGACCGCGCUUCUGCACCAAAGUCCCGCGGAUGGAACCCCGCAACGCCCUACAUCAUCCUUAGCCUGCUCGUUGGCAGCCAGGCAAUCCAGAUCCUGUGGCUGAAGCAAGAGCGAGCGCACAGUUUGAGGAAGGCAGAGGCGAAGAUCGGAGUGCUGAAAGAGGUCAUCGAGAGGGUGCAGAACGGGGAAGAUGUCAAUGUUGAGAAGGUGUUGGGCACGGGCGAUGCAGAGAGUGAGAAGGAGUGGGCUGAGGUGAUGAAGGAUAUACAAGAAGAAGAAGCGCUGUUCCAGAGCAAGAAGAAGAGGAAGGCGUUGAGAGAGUUCGCGGCGAAAGAAGCAAGUGAGCAAGCGAGUGCUGAAGAAGCGGCCAAAGAGCAGAGACAAGCCAAGGUUGAAAGCAUUGGUGGAGUGAAAUUCUAUUAG